AUGGUGGAUGUAACUAAGAGACAUUUACAAGAGUUACGAGAUGAUGAUUGGGAUUCUCACAAGGAAAAAGUAACCACAUUUAUGGUUAAGUAUGACAUUGAAAUUCCUAACAUGGAGGAAAAGUAUGUUGUCCCAAGGAGACGACAAUUUCGUGGUGGUAGGCCACACGUGACUAAUCUUCACCAUUUUCGAGUCGAAGUUUUUCUAAGUGUCAUUGAUCUACAAUUGCAAGAACUUGAUUAUCGAUUUGAUGAGGUAAGUAAGGAAUUACUUAUAUGCAUGUCUUGCUUCAAUCCCAUUAACCAGUUUUCUUCUUUUGACAUUAACAAAUUGAUUCGACUUGCUAAAUUUUAUCCCAAUGAAUUUUCGAGUGUUGAAAUUUCUUUUAUGGAAGAUUCACUUAAAAAUUUUAUUGUGAAUAUAAAAAGUGAUGAGAGAUUUUUGAAUUUGAAGAACCUUAAUGAGCUUUCCAUGAAACUUGUUGAGACACAAAAGAAUGAAACUCAUCCGAUAGUAUACAUGCUUUUGAAGUUAGUGUUGCUUCUCCCUGUGGCGACAACAAGUGUUGAAAGAGCUUUUUCAGGAAUGACUCAAAUUAAAAGCAAAUUGCGCAAUAGCAUGGGAGAUCAGUUGUUGAAUGAUUGUUUGGUUACUAGUCUAGAAAAAGAUUUGUUUUUUAGUGUAAGCAUAGAUGCUAUCGUAAACCGAUUCCAACAUAUGAAAACUCGACGAGAACAAUUGUAA